CACGGCGCUACCUGCGCAAGAGUCGCAUUCCGUCACCCACGUUCACGAUUGGCCGUUGAGCCUGUUAAGGCUUCGAAACAGUUUUUAGAAGUCGCUUUAGAAAGUUGGUAGUGUAUCCAAGUGUGUAAAGUUCAAAGGAAAAAAAUGAAAAUUGCAUAGGUCACGAAAAUGUUUCGAUUCGCUUGCUUCUUGGCUUCGAUGAGCUUGGCAUCAUCACAGUUGACAAUCGACGGGAUCAGAUGUGGUCAGCUAACCUGCACUUUGGAAGAGUACUGCUCCCCAGAGACUAACAGAUGUGCUCCCUGCAGCAUCGUCUGUAACAAUACCCAUCACAACUACGACUCUGGCCUAUGUAUCAAGGAGUGUCAAGGUUACCUUUUGGACUUAAGGUACAUGCGAAGAUCUGAAUAUGCUGAUCCUCCAUCCAAUAUAACUAGUGUUCAGCGUCAAGCUCAGACAGCGCUGAUUGUGAGUAUUGUCGCGCUGGCGGUGUUGAUACUCAUUCUUAUCAUCGUGUGUCGUGGCAAAGUCUCGUGGCAAUACAUCAUGAAAAAAUUGCAGCCUUCGAAGAAUCGUGUGAAGCAUUAUCCAACCGAUCUAACUCAUCAUAAUCCACACGCUGAAAUGCCAAAACCAAAGCCCGAAUUGAAGCUUGAGAUAAGAAAUCCGGAACCCCCGAAGCGAAACCCGCAACCACUCAAUGCCAGGGAUUUAGACGCUAGAACACAGACUGAUAAAAGUCAAGGAGCAACCACACCGAAGACGAUUAGCACUGCUAUUAGCAAUAGACAUCCUGCUGAAGAUACUACUCUUGAUUUCUCUUAUGACAAUAUGGGCAUGAAUGUCACACCACCAGAACAAGCAACUAGUCAUAGGUUCUGAGAGAAUAAUAUUAGAAAAUAUGUUUACCAUAUCUUUCUUAAUAGAUAAACGAAUCGAAAACUUUUAAUUCCUAGAAAUAUUGAACUACCUUUCAUUAUUUUAGAGGAACUUUUACAUAAGUAGUUUAACGGUUAAAUUUUAUUGUUUUCGUAACCACAAUUCUCAUGUAGGAAAUCCUAUUUUUUAAUUUACUGUAUUUAACGAAUGUUCACAGCGUCUGUCUACAAAAUUGAGCAAUUUCAACGAUUCAUUAACUAAAUUACCGAUCAUCACAGUUCAAUACAUCACAAAAUACUAUCAAUUAGUAAGUUACCUACAGAUAAUUUAACACCAUUUUCAUAAUUAGUGAUUAGAAAUGCAUAUCCGCUUAUGAAUCAAUAAUACAAGAAGUAGUUAAACAGUAACUUCUAUUUAAGCCAAGAAUUGACAAUAAUAACAUUAUACACCGUAUAUUAUGCAGUAUAACAAUACUACCGUACAAUUUUGACACCAUUUUUUGUAUGAUUUGAAAAAGAUAAUCAAUUACUAAAAUAUCUCUUUUCAACAAAAAAAUCUCAUAAUUCUUUGCUAUGUAAUAAUAUGCAUUCUGAACUAGAAUUGAAUUGAUCUUUAUUAUAUUUGGUAUUGAAAAAAAAAACAGUAAUCAAGAAGUGUAAAAUAAAAUAUGAAAAAGAAAAUUAAAUGCAUAUAUAAUAUCCGACACGUCGUGUGACCUUGCAUUUUCGAAAAUCGUAGUGUCAAUCCGGGACAUACAGAAGAUUAAGAUUCUUUAAGUCUAGAAUAAUUUCAUAUAAUGUUAUAAAAGUCAAAUAUAUUUUAAUGUAUAUUAAUGGUAUAGUAUUAGCGAAAUAGCUAGUUUUAGUUUUCGUACGUGUAUUCGUAAAGCAAUAAAUUACACUUGCUCAUUUAAGAGCACCCUUUACGCUCAAUUUACGAAUUAUAUCUGAGUUCGUAUUAUUGCCAGCAAUUUUAAUCGGGCGCAACAUCACUCCAUCUAGCUAAUUGCAAAUUAAAAUUGUAUGUUUUAUUUGAAAUCGUACAGCGAGUAACAUGUGAGUAUGUUGUUCAUAAAAUUGUAUUCAUAUGAAUUUCUGGUUGUAAAAUUGCAAACUCCCCAUUAUAUAACAUAUAUUCAAGAUAAUAUUUUCAUUAUUAAUCGAAUUGAGUUUAAUUAUAUCUGGUAAUUUUAAUCGAGUGAAACUCGGAAUAAAUGUACAGCAUGGCUGAGGUAGUUUCUUUUAUUUUGUCUUGUUAGUUGUAUUGUUACGUUAAAGAUUAUUGUUUAGCUAAUUAUGGGUGAUAAAAAUCUAAUUAGUUAAAGAAUAGUAACUUUUUAUAUGUAUGCUUUAUGUGUGACUUGUCUCUAGUUAUGUAACGCUGUUCAGCAUGUUUCCCUGUGUGGUUGUUAAUGUUGGUUUAUACUUGUCUGAAUGUAUUCAGUGAAUUUAAACGUAAUAACUAAUAAAAGAUGAAUACAGUUACGAGCAGAGAUUCAAAGGAUUUUAUGGGCUGUUAGUUUGAGAAUCAGGUUUCAAUUCUAUAACUAAUUAGAGUUAGCGUUCAAGUUAUUAAUUAGUGAUAUUUUAAUUAAUUGUCUAGAUUUUAAUGUAACUUAGUGCUAUAAAGGUAUUUUAACUUAAUAAACCGUCCAUACGAUUCAUUCCAAUAGGUUAUUAUAUAAUUAUAAAAUAUUCAUAAUAUUUAGAAUUAUAGAUAUCGUUCUGUUUGAUGUAUUAAAUAAAAAACGUUUCUUGUACCUUUACGUACUAAAUAUUUUCAAUACGCCAUAGUCGUUACAGAAAACCAGAUAUUUUCAUACAUAUUCAAUAUGAAUAAAUGUUUUGUCUGAAAUAAACUUUAUUCGUGGCUGCUAUUUCGGAUAAAAUAAAAACUAGCAAUUUAUCAUUUCAUGACUAUUUGAGAGAUUGAUUGAAUAUUCAGAACUGGCGUAUAUUGUGGUGUUCGAGUAAAGUCUUUAUGGUUUAACGGCGUGUAUGAAUCAUUAAUGGAUACUUUCGGGUGUAGAUUUAGGAUUAAGUUUUAAACAUGUUGAAAUGAUUAACAUUGGGAGUAAUUGCAAAAUUCCGUAAUGAUUCAUUUUAUUACAGUCUUCUAACAUCGAGUCGAGUAUAGAUAAAGUAAAUAAAUUUGUUCAAGUUCGAAAUGGCGAUUCUUCUUUAUAUGAUGAUAUCAAUGUUAUUUUUUUUCGCAUACAAAAAACUUAUCGAUUGAAAUGUAAAAAAAACAACAUUUGUUAUUAUUAACAAAGUAAUGUAAUAUUUUGCGGCUAAAAGAUACUUAAAUAGGAUUAUAAGCUUAAAGAUGUUCUCGUUGUAUUUUCAAAAGUUUUAUAAAAGUUUUGCUUCAUUUGACGUGGAAAGAUAAUAAGUUUUCAUGUCUAAUAGGUAUCUGUGUACAACGUUAUUUAGAAAACGGAGAAUAAUCGUAAAAAAAUGACUUUUUUGAUUAAAUAUUAUACAUUUAUUAUAUUUAAGAUUUAAGAAAUAUUAUAAUUGAACUAGGCUAAGUUUUAAGAUUUGUAAGUUUGUAUAUUUAAAGCCCUCAGGCGUUCCGUCCAUUAAUUUAUAUAUUAAUUAAAAUAUAUAAAUUUUUAAGUAUAAGUAGUAAUUAAUAAUAAGACUAGAAUCAUCUUAGCGAGAUUGAAUAUUAACUUUUACUUAUCAGUGUUUUUGCACAGUAGUUAUAUAAUGAAUAAAUAUCACAAAUAUUAAAUAACAUUAAAUAUUUUUAUUGAGUGCUGAUUUUAGCUCAUAGCUCUACAUAGCUCUUUACAAUUUUGUUUAUGUUAUUGUUAUUUUCGAUUUCAAUAAAUUUACUUAAUAUAUUUUGUGACUUAUUGAUUUACGGCCGUGAUGAAGUUAAAAAAAAAAAGAAACAAAAUAAUGUUUGUGAGUUUCUUUCAUUGGCCUCUUGUUUAAGCUUGAUAUUCUCUUUGAUUUUUAUUAUAUCCAAUCAUGCAUGCCUAUUUAGAUUUAUAAUUAUUCAAUUAAAAUUCUAAUUUUCAAGUAUAUGUUGAAAAAACAUGUUAAAAACAUCCAUUUGAAUCAGUAUUACAGCACUAUUUUCAAAGGAAGACUAUGUGAUGACGAAUGUUAAUUAAAGUCCAUACCUAGUUUGCCGUCAAUUCUACUCACAUUCGUCAACUCUACAUAGGAAAAUAAAAUAAAAUUUGUUUGUUAUGUUGUUUCAACUUAAUGUAAAUUGUUAUAAAUUAUAUUUUUAAAUAAAAAAAAUUAGAAGAGGUCUGAAAUAAAAUUAGUAAAGAUUGAA